UUUUCAUGUGAGAAGCCCAGGACUGAACUACUACAAAACCCUACUUCUUCUCAUUUCACAUAGUUCUCAGCCUCUCGGAGAAAACCCUAAUUCGCAGUCACAGAGCGAAAUCUGAGAGAUGGGUGAAGAAGCCAAGACAAUUGUUCCAGAGUCCGUUCUGAAGAAGCGUAAGAGGGAGGAGGAAUGGGCUUUGGCAAAGAAGCAAGCUCUCGAAGCUGAGAAAAAAAAGAGAGCCGAGAGCCGCAAACUCAUCUAUAACAGAGCCCAACAGUACGCAAAGGAGUACGAUCAGCAGGAGAAGGAUUUGAUUCGGUUGAAGCGUGAGGCAAAACUGAAAGGUGGAUUUUAUGUGGAUCCAGAGGCGAAGCUCUUGUUUAUCAUUCGCAUUCGUGGUAUCAAUGCAAUGGACCCCAAGUCAAGGAAGAUCCUGCAGCUGUUGCGAUUGAGACAGAUCUUCAAUGGUGUAUUUCUCAAGGUUAACAAAGCCACCAUGAACAUGCUUCACAGAGUUGAACCUUAUGUGACUUAUGGAUACCCAAAUCUUAAGAGUGUGAAGGAACUUAUUUACAAGAGAGGGUAUGGAAAGCUCAACAAGCGAAGGACUGCUCUAACUGACAACGCCAUCAUUGAGCAGGCACUGGGCAAAUAUGGAAUCAUUUCAGCUGAGGAUCUAAUCCACGAGAUCAUAACAGUCGGACCUCACUUUAAGGAGGCUAACAACUUCCUGUGGCCAUUUAAACUGAAGGCUCCUUUGGGUGGUUUGAAGAAGAAGAGAAACCACUAUGUUGAGGGAGGAGAUGCUGGAAACCGGGAGAAUUACAUCAAUGAGCUAAUCAGGAGAAUGAAUUAAGCUGUGGCACCGUUCAAUGUUGACUAGUCGAUUCACUAUUUUCUUGUUGGCUUAGAUCAAGACAAUUUUCGUAUCUGAAAUUUUGAGAAUAGCACAUUUGUGACUUUGGAAAACCUUUUUUAUAAGUUUGAAUGUUUUUCGUUUUAUAAGUA